AUGUCUAAGCAACACUUUGCUCUGCUUCUGCCUGCUGUCGGCGCCGACUUCACGGUCGGCACUCGUGCCACACCUACGCCCGGUCCUGGUCAAGUUCUUGUACGGAACAAGGCGGUCGCCCUGAACCCCAUAGAGCGCCUGGUCAAGCAGACUGGCUUUCUCAUUGGCGAGUACGGCUUUCCUGCCGUUGUCGGCAGCGACGGAGCCGGGGAGAUAGCUGCUCUUGGUCCGGAUGUGGCGGGAUGGAAGACAGGCGACAGGGUUCUAUACCAGUCCUGGUACAACCCAGACCGCGGCACUUUCCAAGAGUUCACCAUUGCGGACGCCGUGCGCGUCGCAAAGAUCCCGGACGACAUCUCGUUUGAGUCGGCUGCUACGGUACCCCUCACACUUGCCACGGCUGCCAUCGGCGCGUACAAGGAGAGGGCCAGCACCCUGCGCCCGAACGGGCACGAUCUUGGCGGCGCGGGCCUUACCCCGCCUUGGGAGGCUGGCGGUCGCGGCAAGUACGCUGGGAAGGUCGCCUUGGUCUUGGGCGGGUCGAGCUCUGUCGGACGGUUCGCCAUUCAACUCGCCAAGCUCUCCGGUUUCUCUACCAUCAUCACCACGGCCUCUAAGCGCAACGAGGCGUACUGCAAGGACGCGGGCGCGACACACGUCAUCGACUACAAGAACGUCCCCUACGCCGACUUACCUGCAGCUCUGCACAAGAUCGUAGGCGACGAACCCAUCGCGUACAUCUACGACGCCGCGUCAAGUCCCGAGUCUCAGAAGACUGGCUGGGGAGUCCUGUCUGCCGGCGGAGCCAUGGUCGUUGUCCUCCCUCCCUCUCCGGAGAUUCAUGCCCCCGGGAAGGACGAUGAGAAGGGGAGGCGCCUCGUCUCGGUCUUCGGUAACUUCAACGAUCCCGACAACCAAGAGUUUGGCAAAGGUCUCUAUGCUAAGCUUACUGAGCUACUUGAGAAGGGCGAACUGAAGCCAAAUCAGCCCGAAGUUGUCGGUCAGGGCCUUGAUGCGAUCUCAGCUGGUCUUGACAAGCUUGGGAAGGGAAUUAGCGGCGUGAAGCUCGUAGUAACUCUCUAA